AUCUCGCUCGUUCCCUCCAUCUUCUCGACUCGAGCCUCUACCUAAAGCUUCAACGGUUUGACCAGCUCAAAGCUUAGGGAGAGAUAGAAGCCGGCACAAGCAAAACCACCAAACGCACACCGGAUCAAAAACACACACAAGAAGAAAAGGAGAUCAAGCUAGAAGCAGAGCAGGAGGAAGGGAGAUGGACGUGAAGCGGGCGCGGAGCCCUCGGGCUCCGGCCGACGGCGACGACGACAAGAGGAGGCCGGCCGCCGGGUGGCGCGGCGCCGUCCGGCCGGAGAUGGUGCUGCUCGGCUUCCUCAUCACUCUGCCCUUCCUCGCCUUCGCCUUUGGCGGCCACUGGAGCGCCUUCCCCUCUGUAGCUUCUUCUUCCUCCUCCAUCCCCAAGGUCGGUCGCCAUGCUGUGCCCCGCGCCGGCCCAGCCACGCCCAAAAGAACCGUCGUCGCUCCUCCGAAAAAUGUCUCCGCGGCGCCAACAAUCACAUCCCCAUCGCCGCCGUCCCAAGGCAAGCUCCUCGGCGGAUUACUCUCCGCGGCAUUCGACGAAUCCUCAUGCCAAAGCCGGUACAAAUCAUCUCUCUACCGAAAGCCCUCCCCUUUCAAGCUCUCCCCGUACCUGGUGCAGAAGCUGCGGAAGUACGAGGCGUACCACAAGCGGUGCGGCCCGGGCACCAAGAGCUACCGGAAAGCCAUCGCGCAGCUCGCGGCAGGGCGCAACGUGGACGGGGGGAAAUCCCGGUGCAAGUACGUGGUGUGGUUCCCCUGCAACGGGCUCGGGAACCGGAUGCUCACCAUCGCCUCCACUUUCCUCUACGCGCUGCUCUCCGACCGGGUCCUGCUCAUGAGCGUGCCGCAGGAGCAGGAAGGACUCUUCUGCGAGCCGUUCCCGGGCACCUCCUGGGUUCUCCCGGGGGGUUUCCCGCAGGGCAACCCCCAGAAGCUCCACGUCGGCGCCCCGGAGAGCUACGUCAACAUGCUGAAGAACGGCGUCAUCCGCAGCGGCAAACAACCGGCCUCGACGUCGCUGCCGCCGUACGUGUACCUCCACGUGGAACAGACCCACCUGAGGCUGUCGGACAACAUCUUCUGCGACGACGACCAGGCGUUGCUCGGCAAGUUCAGCUGGAUGUUGCUGAAAUCCGACAGCUACUUCGCGCCGGCGCUGUUCCUGACCCCCAUGUACGAGAAGGAGCUGGCGAGGAUGUUCCCGGAGAAAGAGUCCGUGUUCCAUCACCUGGGAAGGUACCUCUUCCACCCGACGAACAAAGUGUGGGGGAUCGUCAGCAGGUACUACGAGGCGUACCUUGCUAGAGUGGACGACAAGAUCGGGUUCCAGAUCAGGAUCUUCCCGGAGAAGCCGGUGAAGUUCGAGAACAUGUAUGAUCAACUCGUCAGGUGCAUCAAGGAGCAGCGGCUGUUGCCGGAGCUCGGCACAGCGGAGCCGGCAGCGAACACGACGGACGCAGGGAAGAAGAAGAAGAAGAAGGUGAAGGCCGUGCUGAUCGCGUCGCUCUACUCGGGAUACUACGAGAAGAUCCGGGGGAUGUACUACGAGAACCCGACCAAGACGGGGGAGAUCGUGGCCGUGUACCAGCCGAGCCACGAGGAGCAGCAGCAGUACACGUCCAACGAGCACAACCAGAAGGCGCUGGCGGAGAUCUACCUGCUCAGCUACUGCGACAAGAUCGCCAUGAGCGCCUGGUCCACGUUCGGGUACGUGGCUUACGGAUUCGCGGGGGUCAAGCCGUGGAUCCUGCUCCGCCCGGACUGGGACAAGGAGGUGUCCGCGAUCGCCUGCGUCCGGUCCACGUCCGUCGAGCCCUGCCUGCACUCGCCGCCCAUCCUAGGGUGCAGGGCCAAGAAAGAUGUCGACGUAGCCGCCGUCAAGCCGUACGUCCGGCACUGCGAGGAUGUGGGCUUCGGUCUCAAGCUGUUCGACACCUAACCAGGAGCGUCGUGUUCAGUUCGGUUCGAUUUCACGUUCAGGAAAUUGCGUGAUUACGCUCUUUUUUUCCUCCCUCCCUGGGCCUAUAUGUGCACGUUUCUUUACUGCAUUCAAAUUCGUUCGUUGUAAAAAUAAUUCGGGUAUAUGUGUAGGAAUACAUAGAUCGCAACUGCGUAGUACCAGUACUUCCUCCGUCUCAUAUUAAGUGACUCAAAUUUGUCCAAAUAUGGAUGUAUGUACACCUAAAAAACGUCUAGAUAGAUACAUGUAAUAGGAUAUCACUUGAUAUGGGACGGAGUGAGUACUAUUUACCAUCCGAUUGUAGCAGCUGGGGGAAAAAACAGUGUUGUUGGAAGGGGAUUUGGUCA